AUGCAUCAGAGCGUUUUGAUCCCACAAACUUUUCUCCCUGUUGAGGCUAUCAAGCUUGGCAGGAUUGUUUUAAAUGUUGCUGAUCCACAGUCGGACUUUCUUGACCCGAUUUCGCCCUUGGAUAUCGAAGUGGUUGUCAAGUCACACUCUGAUUUCAUCGGUCAUGAUUCAAAGUUGCUGGAAAAGGGAUUUAGUAGCACCUUGACACGUCUUGUUUCCAUCUCCCGCUCGAAGCAGAAGAAGACAUUGACGUCCAUCACGGCGGACCGCGUUGUUACACAUCAAAUCAGCAAUUCUGGGAAGUGGUUCAACCAGGCUCUUGAGAAUGAAGCGACCCGCAAAUGGAUCGAACAAGCAAACAAUCAAGGCGACGACGUCUAUCUAGUGGUCGGGUACCACACCAUGUUCGACGCACAAGUGGUUGAGGGCGGCAGUUUCGACGAGAAGAUAGCAGCCCACAUCAAUCUACCCAUAGCAGAAGCACUGGCCGCAGCAGGCAUGGUGAUACCGCUAGGCGACAUGAUUGACCCGUCAGUCGGAGGACAUCACCAGGCGCAACAAGGACUGCAAAACCGAUUUGUGGCUGCUGGGGAGCAGAUCUGUGCAGUUCAGUACCGCAAGCUGCGCUUCAAGUGGUAUUCGAGCAGUAAAAUGGACGAUCCAACACUCGGACCGAGCAGGUGGAAGAGUUACUUGACCUUUCGAGGUCAAACCGACGAUGUUGUGGAAGUGGACCUUGAGGAUGAGUUGGAGCUGGGGGACGAGGUUGAAACCUACGUUUUCGAUGGGCAGGAGAGCUUCUUCUCUCUGCUUGCUGCUCUGUGA